GGAGGGAAGGUCGGCGACUGCGCGUGCUCCGGGGCGCGGAGCGGCCCGCUGGGCGCGGAGGGGCAGACACUGGCCUCAGACACCCCUCUGCACCCUCCCAAUGAGGCCUGCUGCACUGAGGUCCCCGGGCCCCGCACCCCUGGAGAACAAAGGGCCCAUCACGGUGAAGCUGGAGGACUCUAAGGAGGAGAGCGAGGCUGCUCCGUGGGACCCCAGCCCUGAGGCCGCGCGCCUUCGAUUCCGGCAUUUCCGCUACCAGCAGGUGGCGGGGCCCCAUGAAGCCCUGGUCCAGCUGCGUGAGCUGUGCCACCAGUGGCUGCAGCCCGAGGCGCACUCCAAGGAGCAGAUGCUGGAGCUGCUGGUGCUGGAACAGUUCCUGGGUGUGUUGCCCCCUGAGAUCCAGGCCCAUGUGCAGGGGCAGCAGCCCAGCAGCCCGGAGGAGGCUGUGGUUACAGUCCAAGUGCAGGGCCAGGAGAUGCUAUCAGAGAAGACAGAGCCCUCCAGCUUCCAGCCCCAGACUCCAGAGCCUGGGCCAGAUAUACCCCCUGGAGCCAUGCAGGAGUCACCUCUGGGCCUUCAGAUGAAAGAGGAGCAAGAGGUCACAGAAGAUCCAGCACUCCUGGAGUCUGAGCCCCUUGCUGCCACCCAGAAGGCCAUGCCUGCCCUCCUGCCUAAGCAGUCCCAGGUUUGUGAGACAGCGCUGCACCAGGUGUCUCCCCACAGUGAGGCCACGCCUAAGGGGCCUUUGUGGCAGGAACACCCAGGGGCUCUAUGGCACGAAGAAGCUGGUGGUAUCUUCUCCCCAGGGUUUGCUCUCCGGAUGGACGGUGUCCCUGCAGGCCCAGUCACCGUAAGCCCCCAUCUCCACGUACCCUGGGACCUCAGAGUGGCCGGCCUCACAGGCCGGAUCCCGUCACCCUCCCCCGAAAGUGGCCUUGCGCACGCGUUUGUGCUCCCCAGUGACCCGGGAGGUGAGCAGGAGCCAGGGGGUGAGGACUCCAGCGAGGGUGCCGGACCCCCGCCGGCCACCGCACUGUGGCGGGCCCCCAGGGGCCGCGGCCGGGGCCACCCUAGCACGGGCACUGGCACUGGGCGGGGCGGCCGCUGCGACGUGUGCGGCAAGGUGUUCAGCCAGCGCAGCAACUUGCUGCGGCACCAGAAGAUCCACACUGGCGAGCGGCCAUUCGUGUGUGGCGAGUGCAGCCGCAGCUUCAGCCGCAGCUCACACCUGCUUCGCCACCAGCUCACGCACACCGAGGAGCGGCCGUUCGUGUGCGGCGACUGUGGUCAGGGCUUCGUGCGCAACGCGCGCCUGGAAGAGCACCGGCGCGUGCACACGGGCGAACAGCCCUUCCGCUGCACGGAGUGCGGCCAGAGCUUCCGGCAGCGCUCCAACCUGCUGCAACACCAGCGCAUCCACGGCGACCCUCCCGGCCCCGGCGCCGCGCUCCCCACGCCGCCCAGCGCGCCUGAGCCCCCGGGGCCCUUCCCCUGCAGCGAAUGCCGCGAGAGCUUCGCGCAGCGCGCCGUGCUGCUGGAGCACCAGGCAGUGCACACAGGCGACAAGUCAUUCAGCUGCGUGGAGUGCGGCGAGCGCUUCGGCCGCCGCUCAGUACUGCUGCAGCACCGGCGCAUGCAUAGCAGCGACCGGCCCUUCGCCUGCGCCGAGUGCGGCCAGAGCUUCCGGCAGCGCUCAAACCUCACACAGCACCUGCGCAUCCACACGGGCGAGCGGCCCUUCGCCUGCGCGGAGUGCGGCAAGGCCUUCCGCCAGCGGCCCACACUCACGCAGCAUCUGCGCGUACACACGGGCGAGAAACCCUUUGCAUGCCCCGAGUGCGGCCAGCGCUUCAGCCAGCGCCUCAAGCUCACGCGCCACCAGCGGACGCAUACUGGGGAGAAGCCCUACCACUGCAGCGAGUGUGGCCUGGGCUUCACCCAAGUCUCUCGGCUCACCGAGCACCAGCGCAUCCACACGGGAGAGCGGCCCUUCGCCUGCCCUGAGUGUGGCCAGAGCUUUCGGCAGCAUGCCAACCUAACGCAGCACCUGCGCAUCCACACAGGCGAGCGACCCUACGCAUGCCCAGAGUGCGGCAAGGCCUUCCGCCAGCGGCCCACACUCACACAGCACUUGCGUACCCACCGACGUGAAAAGCCCUUUGCCUGCCAGGACUGCGGCCGCCGAUUCCACCAGAGCACCAAGUUCAUCCAGCACCAGCGUGUCCACAGUGCAGAGUAACCCAGCCCGCAAACAGGGCUCUCCUCUCUGCGACUCAGUUGUUCUUCUGUCCAUGGGGGUAGGACACCUACCUCACAGGGUUGCUGUGAGGCCAGCUAGAGCAUGGGUACAAGUUUAGGUACGAGAAGGCCCACCCAGGGCCUGGCCCCAGUAGGUGCUCAAUAAAGCCAAAUG